UUUGCGGGAAGUUCGGUCCGGAUUCGGGAACUCUCACAGUUACGACGCGAAGAUGCCCCCUAAAGCCAAGGCAUUGGGGAAAGGGAGAGGUCCAGCAAAGAGGAAGCUGGCAGAGGAGUUCCCAGUUGGAGAGGUCCUGACAGACACUGGAAAGAAGACCUGGAAGCUGGGCCCUCCUAUUGGUCAAGGGGGAUUUGGCCUGAUAUAUUUGGCUGCUGAAAAUUCUGCAAAAACUGUAGGGUCUGAUUCUUCAUAUGUGAUCAAAGUGGAGCCCAGUGAUAACGGACCACUGUUUUCUGAGCUGAAGUUCUACAUGCGAGCUGCCAAGCCUGAUCUCAUUCAGAGCUGGAUGAAGUCUCGCAAGAUGAAAUAUCUGGGAGUUCCCAAGUAUUGGGGUUCAGGCCUGCAUGAGAAAGGAGGGAAAAGGUACAGGUUUAUGGUCAUGGACAGGUUUGGCACCGACCUACAGAAGAAGUUUGAGGAGAGUGGGAGAAGAUUCCCCAGAAAACUGGUCCUCCAGCUUGGCCUCAGACUGCUGGAUACUCUGGAGUACAUCCAUGAGCAUGAGUACGUGCAUGCUGACAUUAAACCAUCCAACCUUCUCUUGAGCCACAGCAACCCCAACCAGGUUUACUUAGUAGAUUAUGGGCUGGCCUAUAGGUACUCCCCCGAGGGCGUCCCUAAAGAGUACAAGGAGGACCCCAAGAGGUGUCACGAUGGCACCAUCGAGUUCACCAGCAUCGACGCUCACAAAGGAGUUGUCCCCAGUCGGAGAGGAGACAUGGAGAUCAUGGCCUACUGCAUGGUCCAGUGGCUGUGUGGCCAUCUUCCCUGGGAAGACAACCUCCAUGACCCUCUCUAUGUCAGAGACUCCAAGAUCAGGAGUCAAGAAAACAUCACUGAGUUCAUGUCCAAGUGUUUCUCCUCUCAAGACAAACCAGAUGAGCUUCAGAAAUUCAUGGAGGAGGUGAAAUCCCUGAGCUACACAGACAGGCCACCAUACAACAAACUACGCUCCAUCCUGCAGGCGGGGCUGAAGACCAUCGACGCCACAGAUGACGACAAGCUGGAGUUUGCCAUUCAACUCAAUGGAGCAGGCCCCUUGUUGCCUGUCAAGAAAGCGCCCAAGCGAAAAAAACCGUCAGACGUGGAGGAAGUGGAUGAGGAACCUGAUGGUAGCCCCGUGAAGAAAAAGAGAAGCCCAAACAAGAAAGGAGUGAAUAGAGUAAAGACGAGUUCUAAGAAGACCUCCAGUCCAAAGAAGGUGACGAGCCCCAGAAAACCCUCGACGCUCAAGUCCAGAUCGAUGGGCACACAGACCUCACCAGGCCUUCAGGUCACCAAAAAAAGAGGCAGACCCAAGAAAACUAACCCGUAACCAUCUCUCCCUCCACUCACACAACCAACCAACCAUCUAUCCAUCCCUUUCGCCACACCUUCCUGUAAUCUCCCCCCACACCUCUGUCAUAGUUUUAUAGGCUAGCUUGCUUUUAGGGUUUGUACAGUACGAUCUGUAACUGAUAUGCACUGCUCAUAUAUUGAGGGUUUUUUUCUCCUAUGAUUUAGGCCAAGUUUUUGUAAUAAAGUUGUUUUCAGUUAGAUUUCACAUUUGUUUUUUGUUUUGUUUUGUUUUGUUUCUUGCAAUUUAAAGUGUAGAAGGAUGUGUGGUGUUGUGACUGCAGGGACUAGAAAGAAUGCUGUAUCCUCUGUUUGGGUUAUAUUUAUAGUAAAACAAAGGCAAUAUGGCUGCAUGAUUUCUACAAGAGUGCCAUCCUCCAUCGCUGAAACCAUGGAGGAUGGCACUCUUGUAGUCAAACAGCUCAUUUUCUUGUGCCGCCUCAGAACAGCCCCCAAGCUUGUUGGGUUGCGGAAUUGGAAACUAGUAAAACUGGUCAUCGUUUUAUCCCAGUAUUGGAGUACCACCAAGCAUGUGCCUGGUGGUACUCCACUUCAACUGUCACGCGAAUUUUAAGCAAACUUUUCUAAAGUUGCAAGAAAUAAAAUGCCAGUUAGUUUUGUUUCCAUCAGAUCUGUUAAAGCGAGGAAAACCUAGAACAUAGGGCCAUGUCUCCUAUGUCAUAUGUCCAUACUUCACCACCCACCGGAAAUCUGGGCCAGUUACGAUGGAGCUCACGUGAUUAAAUUCUAUUUGCAUUUCUUUUCUUUGAUACGGCUCAUGUGUUUCCAUCGCCCAUUUAGUGCAGGAACUCUUUUCCCACAAAAGCAAAAAACAACUUCAGGUGAGCGUGUAAACUUUCCUGCAAUAUUUGGAAUUUUCUCUGAAAUUUGAUGUUUCCAUUCAGCCGUUUCGAAACGUCAAAUUUCCCACGAGUCUGAUGGAGACCCCAUUAUUGCAGAGGACUUUGACUCCCAGUCUGAUAAAUCCUGAUGGCAUGUGACAUGUGGACUCACCAUCCGUCUUUCUUGCAGAUCUAGCUAAAGCCCGCAACGAGUAAUCACCACCAAUGUGCAGGACUGCGGAUUAACCCACUUCCUCUUUUUUUUGGAGACAAAUUAGAAUAAUUUAUUUCAACUCUUUCCUGUGUCUUAAAGGAACAAAUACACAACUAACUGGAGCACAGCUGGGGUCAAAGAAAACGAUGCAUAUUGAUUAAAGGAGGCAGGACCAUUUUGUGGUUAUUUCCGUGACAUUUAAAAAGAAAAUCACUGGAAGUGUAUUACUGUUUAUUCGUUUACAGGGAAAAAAGAAAGAAAUGCCUACUUUAUUGUUUUCCUCCCUCCUUCCUGUGCAUCAAGCCUUUGACGUUGUCACUUCAUGUUGAUUUACUAAAACGAGAGCGGCAAACUGAAGAAGGGAUUUGGCUGAAAUGUCUCUUUGUUUGCUGUUUCACCCUUCACCUUUUGUGGUAGUGCACUCGUUUUAUACACCACUCCCACUACUCUAUUAAUGAGACUUUUUUUUGUCCUUUAAAGCUCAGUGUUAACAUUCCCUCUGUUUUUAAUAUCAAUUUACGAAUAAUUUGUCUGUCCAUCUCACAUGAUUUAGCUUAUGCACCUGAUCAAUAAAACAUAUUUGAA